GGUCACUGUGAGUUGGAAGUAGAAAACAGUUGUUUUCUGGUAGAGCUUUUUUGAAAGAUCUCGGGGCUAGACAUACUUAGCACAGGGGAGGAGGGGAAGGGACUGGAUUAGGGAAGAUGCUUUGGUUUGCUGUUUUUCACUCUGUCCAGUACUAUAACUCUGUACAUGAACAUUGCUCCCUUGGCUUCUUCCUGAAUGUCCUUCCCUUCCUCUUCUUUAUAGAUCCAGAGAAGAGAAGAGGAAAGGAUGUGGACACGUCACUCAAAGGCACCUUUGAUCAACAAAAGGACUUAGGUCCUUGUGCUAAAGUAGAAUGUUGGCACCCCACCUCAUCCCCAAACAGCUGUCACAUGGGGUUUAAAGACACAGUGCUUGAUGAAUUGCCACGGGAAGAAGUGGAAGGAAAACCAGAACAGCAAACGGAAACAAAAGUAACUGAUAAACUACCCGGCGAACUCGAGUCUCGACAACAACCAAGUGCCUUGUUUUCUACAGAAAAUAGGAAAACAGCCAAACUCCCUCAAAGAUCAUGCAGCAAAAUAAAAGAAAACAAGCAUCCAUUUGCUCUUUAUGGCUGGGGAGAAAGACAGACAGACACAGGAAGCCAAAAAACUCACAAUGUCUGUGCGUCUGCCCCAGUGCAUGAGAUUCACGAAUCAGCACUACGAGCCAAGAACCGAAGACAGGUGGAAAAACGGAAACUGGUCACUCAGAGACAACGUGCCCACUCUGUGGAUGUGGAGAAAAACAGGAAGGCAAAGGCUUCCUCCUCAGAUAACCCGUGGAUGACAGAGUACAUGAGGUGCUACUCGGCAAGAGCGUAAAGGCACAGUUGCUUGGACAGCAUCUUUUUAAAAAGUACAAAUGCGGGGGUGGGCGGGACGAAAAUUAAAGAAAGAAAAAGCAAACCAUCAAGAGAAACCAGACACAAGUUUAAGAGCUCACCUGUUUUGCAAGGUUUUUCUUAGGGAAUUUAAAAGUUUGUUAUAUUUUGAUGAACCUUGGCUACCUACCUCAACAGUAGGGCAGACAGUUGAAGCCAUAGAUAGACAUUUAAAGCGACUCAUGAAGCUAAUUCCCUAAUCCUUGAUAUUCUUAUAGGGGUUUUGUUUUAAUGCAUCUGAAUCCUUUAAGAGACUGACACCAAAUGCCUUUAAGUGGCUAUGGAGGCUUGACAGUUAUGAUUUCUCUGAAAUUUCAGAUCAUCCCACCUGGAACUCCAUAGCUAGCCAGUUCGUCCUCUUGCAGUAUAAGGCUCAUCUAUUGUGUUCUGUUUUCUUUGUGAAAGAAUCGGUAAAUAUCAGGUAAAGACUGAGUUUCAGUUAUAGGGUAAUAAAACGAGAACUCUGGUGGUUCUUGAAAGAUUAAACUUAAUUGAAUUUCAGUUUAGCGUCACCUCAAAUUGUGCACCAUGGUAUUUGAAGAAUUAUUUGAGCUGAAUAAGGUUUACCUUUUCUCUUUAAAUGAUCACGUAGGCACUUAUUAGUUCAAAUACAUCUCAAUUAAUGAAGCAGCGGCGCAGUGUAUAUUUAGAGUAGUGCUGGAGUUUUACUUGAGUCAAAGACAUUAUCAGCUUCCUAAUUAACUUUUAUUUAUUUAUUUUAAAGAAUAUUAUAGGGGAUUAAUUACAUGCCACAGCCUGGCCUCAUGGCAUACACCUUCUCUGGGCUUUUGUUUCGUGUGUAGGAGCUGGCAAUGACAUUUAGAAACCAUCAUUUGAAAAAAAAAAAAAGAAACCAUAAUUUGAAGUUUUAUUUAUGCCUUUUGAAGUUUUAUUUUGUCAUUGGGGGAUAUAGGAAAAAUAUUAAAAUACCCAUUAGAAUGCUAAGAGGCUUCUCACCCUUACUUUCUCUUUUUCUUCUACAGAACUUAACAAUAAAAAGGUCUGGAUGGUGUACAAUAGUCAUAGUGUUGAUUAUAGAUAUUAUCUUCUGAUUCCCAGCUAACAGAUCUCAUACAGAAUCUCGUGUGAGAGAAGGGUGGUUGGUGUGUGUAGGCACAAAUGUAAUAAUUUAAAUAGAGUGUUACUUCUUUUUAUUAUGUUUGCCUUUGAGGUAGAAAUCUGGUUUUGAAAAUACUGGUUUCCAUCACAUGAGUAAAGUCCUCUCUACCUAGCAGAGACUGGAAUCUAUGAGGUGGGUGAAUGCUAGCAUUCCUUAGUAUCUGAAGAUAUGUGGAUGAAAAUUUAGUGUUAGAUUCAAGACCGAGCUUUUCUUUGAAGUUUUCCUCUAGGUCUUUGAAGUACUAUAGUCAAUUUUUAGAACACAAAACCCAUGCUGUCAUCUUAGAAAAAUGUAUUAAGUUUUGAAAACUAAUGAAUUAUGUUUUUUUUUAAAUACUUGCAUUGUGUUGAGAUGAAUUAUUUCAUGUUAGGAGCUCUUCUGAUCAUUGAAGUGUAUAUUUAUUAAAGGGGAAUUUUUAUUCUAUAUGUUAUCCAGAAUAACCUUGUUGGUCAUUUUGGUGUUACUACGAUUAAAGUCUUUAAACAUUG